CAGUUAGUUGGUAGCUGGAUCACUACAGAGUAACAACUUUAUCUUUUUCAGGCGUUUGAGCGUUUUUAAUUCAACCAACAUGAGGGAAAUCGUGCACCUACAGGCAGGCCAGUGUGGAAAUCAAAUUGGAGCUAAAUUUUGGGAAGUGAUUAGCGAUGAACAUGGCAUCGACCCGUCCGGGACAUACCAUGGGGACAGCGACCUGCAGUUGGAGCGAAUUAACGUGUAUUUCAACGAGGCUUCAGGUGGAAAGUAUGUCCCCCGGGCAGUGCUGGUGGACUUGGAGCCUGGCACCAUGGACUCAGUGAGGUCCGGUCCCUUUGGCCAGAUCUUUAGACCAGACAACUUUGUCUUUGGCCAGAGCGGAGCUGGUAAUAACUGGGCUAAAGGUCACUACACUGAGGGAGCCGAGCUGGUGGACUCGGUCCUGGAUGUGGUGAGGAAGGAGGCGGAGAGCUGUGACUGCCUGCAGGGCUUCCAGCUCACACACUCCCUGGGUGGAGGAACCGGCUCGGGCAUGGGCACGCUGCUCAUCAGCAAAAUCCGAGAGGAGUAUCCAGACCGCAUCAUGACCACUUUCAGUGUGGUGCCUUCGCCUAAGGUUUCAGACACAGUGGUGGAGCCAUACAACGCCACCCUCUCGGUCCACCAGCUGGUGGAGAACACAGAUGAGACCUUCUGCAUUGAUAAUGAGGCGCUGUAUGACAUCUGUUUCCGCACGCUGAAGCUCACCACCCCCACCUAUGGAGACCUCAACCACCUCGUCUCAGCCACCAUGAGCGGGGUGACCACAUGUCUGCGCUUCCCCGGCCAGCUCAAUGCUGAUCUGAGGAAACUGGCCGUCAACAUGGUGCCCUUCCCCAGACUGCACUUCUUCAUUCCGGGCUUUGCCCCGCUGACCAGUCGUGGCGGCCAGCAGUACAGGUCGUUGACUGUUCCUGAAGGCUCACCGAAACCAGGCAGAUGUUCCGACUCAAGAACAUGAUGGCAGCCUGUGACGCCGGCGGGCC